AUUUCCAGACCUGCCUGUGUAUUGACAGUGUUUUUGUGUUGUUUCUCCAAUAAAUUGUGUUCCUUAGGCACGUUGUUGCAGCGCUGGAAUGUGCCCCCAGACCUGCAGCUGAGCAGACAAGUGGCUAGCACAGGCGUGCCUGGGAAAAAGGGCAGUAAUUCGGUUUUUGUCCUUAUUAUGGGCUUGUCCACCUUAGGAGCAGGUGCCUAUGUGUACAAAUCACUGCAGGACAGCAAAGAGAGAUACGCCAGCCGGCUCGCGAGGAUCAAACAGCACUCCCAAGACCAUGAGUCCCCUGCCCCAGCUCCAGACACUCAUCCCACGGUCCCAUCCCACGUCCCUUUCCUGCUCAUUGGGGGAGGAACUGCUGCUUUCGCUGCUGCCAGAUCCAUCCGGGCCCGCGACCCCGGAGCGCGGGUGCUGAUUGUGUCUGAAGAUCCUGCCCUGCCCUACAUGCGCCCUCCCCUUUCCAAAGAGCUGUGGUUUUCCGAUGAUCCCAACGUGACGGAGACGCUGCGGUUCAAGCAGUGGAACGGCAAGGAGAGGAGUAUCUAUUUCCAGCCGCCGUCUUUCUACGUGCCUGUCCAGGACCUGUCUUCUGUGGAAAAUGGUGGGGUGGCAGUUCUGCCUGGCAAGAAGGUUGUGCACAUGGAUGUCAGAGGGAACACGGUCAAGCUCAGUGAUGGGACCCAGAUAUCCUAUGACAAAUGUCUCAUUGCCACUGGGGGAUCCCCAAGGAACCUGCCAGCCAUUGAAAGAGCAGGAAAGGACGUGCAGAAAAGGCUGACCCUGUUCAGAAAGAUCGAGGACUUCCGAAGGCUGGAGAAGAUUUCCAGGGAAGUCAAGUCCAUCACAAUUAUUGGUGGUGGUUUCCUCGGCAGCGAGCUGGCCUGUGCUCUGGGAAGGAGAGCACAAACCCGGGGCCUGGAGGUGAUCCAGCUGUUUCCAGAGAACGGCAACAUGGGCAAAGUCCUGCCCGAAUACCUGAGCAACUGGACCACGGAGAAAGUCAGGAGAGAGGGGGUCAACGUCCUGCCCAAUGCCGUGGUCAAAUCCGUCUCUGUCUCCGGCAACCGGCUGGUGAUUAAGCUGAAGGACGGCCGGAAGGUGGAGACUGAUCACAUCGUGGCUGCCGUGGGGCUGGAGCCCAACGUGGAACUGGCCAAGUCAGCGGGGCUGGAGGUGGACUCGGACUUCGGGGGGUUCCGGGUGAACGCAGAGUGCCGUGCUGCUCACGGGCUGUUUCUCUCCAAGGCAGGGGAUGCUGCCUGCUUUUAUGACAUCAAACUGGGCCGGAGGCGUGUGGAGCACCACGAUCACGCCGUGGUGAGCGGGAGACUGGCUGGAGAGAACAUGACAGGAGCUGCAAAACCCUACUGGCACCAGUCCAUGUUCUGGAGUGAUCUGGGCCCCAACGUGGGCUACGAAGCCAUUGGCCUCGUGGACAGCAGCUUGCCCACAGUGGGAGUGUUUGCCAAGGCAACAGCGAAGGACACGCCGAAGAGUGCGACAGAACAGUCAGGGACUGGAAUUCGAUCUGAGAGCGAAACGGAAGCGGAAGCCUCAGAAGUUCAGAUCUCUCAAAGCUCUUCACCAACGCCUCAAGUCCCAAAGCAAGGAGAAGAUUACGGCAAAGGUGUCAUUUUCUACCUCAGGGAUAAAGUCGUGGUGGGAAUUGUGUUGUGGAACAUCUUCAACAGGAUGCCCAUUGCUCGGAAGAUCAUCAAAGACGGGGAGGAGCACGAGGACCUUAACGAAGUAGCAAAGCUCUUCAACAUCCACGAAGACUGAACUCGGCAGCAGGAACAGCCCCAGGGAGUGCUGGCUCUGUGCACUCUGCACCUUGGGCAGCUUCCUGGGAGCACUUGGGAAUAUUCCACUCACCCAAGCCCACUGUUUGCACCAAUAAAGUCAGAUUGUUGUAGUCA